AUGCAAAAAAGAAAUACCAAUCUCUUUAAAACCGUGGUGGAGAAUAUAUCAACAAUACACGGAACUGCCCAUCUCGCGGAGAAGAAUGGCAAUACACGAUUGAUCUGGGGCCUCCUGAUGACAGCGAAUAUUGCGUUGACUAUUUUCUUUGGAAUGAUAAUAAAGAAUAAGUUUAAUGAAGACCAGAUAAUUACACAGAUAAACGCCAAUUGUAAAGUGUCUGAAGUACCGUUCCCAGCCGUCAGUAUUUGCAAUUUCAACACAAUAUCAUUGAAGGAAACAAAGUAUAUUGAACGGUUACUGUUGAGUUACAAUAGAAACCAAAGUGAAAUUAACAACUUCUUCAGGGAUCUCGUUUACUUGAAGAAUUAUGGUGUUAACAGUACACACACUGGCCAUUAUAAACAUAUUAUGAGGCUCUUGAAACACCAUUACUUCACCAUAGAAACCAUUAUGGAAGACUUGCAUCAGAAAUGUGAGAAUCUCCUGUUGUACUGCAGUUUUAAUAGAAAACAAAAGAACUGCAACGAUAUAUUUGGGUUGAUUAAAACCUCUCAUGGGUACUGCUGCGCUUUCAACUACGUUGCUUUACACGACGGCAUUGAUGAUAACCUAUUGCUCAACGAUGAGAAUCUGGAAUAUUAUGAAGAUCGCUCGGAUGAUAAAUUGCCAGGGUUUCGUAUUGUUGCUACCUCCGAGUCUGGGAGAACCUCCGGACUUCACGUCGUCUUCAAUGUGGAACCAGAUGACUAUCCCAGCUAUGCCACUGUACCAUAUUUUGGAGCAAAUGUAUUGUUAAGCGAUCCGACCGAUUACCCUGAAACUACAGUAUUGUACGAAUUCGUCGCGCCAGGAGAUAGUUUGGAUAUGAAAGUUGAACCGUUGGUGUUCCAGCCGGACUACUGGAUCCGGAAUGCCGAAAUAUCCAAACGAGCGUGUUGGUUCCACGACGAGAUACAGUUGGAACAUACAGAUAAAUACAGUUUCGAAACUUGCAUCACGGAAUGCAUGAUGCGGAUGUUCAUUAAUGCUUGCGGAUGUGUGCCGUACAAAUAUCCGAGACUAAAAACUCAUCGUAUCUGUGAAUUUGAAGAUUUGAACUGUCUACAUAACGUGACCAUUUACAAACCAUUGAAACCAAGGGAAUGCAAGCCCAAGUGUUACAUGGAGUGCAGCGAUAAGAAAUAUAUAAUGAAAAGCAACACUGUACCGUUCCUGAUAGAAACAAUACCAGCGAGUGUGUUAGCCGGUCAAAAUAUCAGUGAAUUGACCUCGUUGCGGGUAUUCUUUGGGAGGCCUACAUGUAAUUGUUACAGAUCACAUUUCUUAAUCGACAUCAACUAUAUGAUUGGAAUGUUCGGAGGAAUACUUUCACUGAGCUUCGGAGGAUCGAUGUUGUCUGUGAUUGAAGUUACGUGGUUAUUGAUAUCAGCAUUAUUCUUACUACUAUGGAGAGUGUGUAUGAAAUGUUUAAGAAAUUACGCACAUUCAAAAAUAAAUCAUAAAUGA